GAUAGUUUUGUACAUAAGCCUACCAGAGUCGUAAGUUCGAUGAUCGCGCUGUACUGAACCAUUGUUUUCUACACGUAGUACCGAAUUGCAGACGGUUAUGACUGUACUAUCGCGUUCGCUGAUCUUUUGUUGGAAGUGAGACAUUGCGUUUAUAAUAUUAUAACUUCUUAUUCAUUAACGAGAUUCUUCAUAACAGAUACAGACGCAUUGUGAGAUGCCAAAGCAAGUGCUGUAGUGUGAAUGUCCUUCAUCAGAUGAAAGUCAUUGUAGACUGGAUGACCAUGCAGAGGUAGAUAGCAUAUCACAUGUGGCUCCAGAGUCAAAUCAGCGCACUCACUGGGGCAAUCCCAGCAACAAAGUGGAAGAAGUUCUGCUUUGCAGCAAUCCUCGUACUGGUCAUCUUUGGCUACAUCGGGCCUUGGGUUAUCCAUCAUGGUAAGACCACACAGGUGACCAUCGAGUGCCUGGGCGCCAAGGUCGCCCAGCUAGAGGAGCAGUAUGGACCCUCAGGGGUGACGGUGCUGCACGCCACCCGCAGCCCCGAACGCCCCAAGGUGCUGGCUGUGACAGGAAACGGAUACAUUGAGUUAAUCGUGGAUCAUGUCAAGCCGAACAAUCUGUAUCUCAGAGGGGACUCCUGGACAUCCGAUGCACCCUACCGCCCGCUCCUGCGCACUAAGAUCGAAGGUUACAGUGAUCAGCGUGCUACUAUCAUCAACUACAAGAAGGGCUUUAUAGAACAUAUACAAUGUUACUAUGUAGAAGAUUCGUGUGUGCAGGUUAAAGUGACCACACUGGCUCACAGGACAAGAGAAGCAAUAUUAUAUCAGGAGGUAGAAGUAGACAAUACAGCUUCAGUCCCAGUCACGUUGCUUGUUACAAGGAAUGGUCCUAAUAAUUGGAAAGGAUCCGCAACAAGCAAUGAGAUAUUUGAAGUGAAUGGAAAAUCAAUUGAGUAUGUGAUAUCAACAGGGAAGUUUCCCGCACCUUAUGUCAGAGACACACAGGGACAGCACUAUGUGGCAUUAGUGAUUGCAGCUACAGGAUUUGACAAAAGAGUGGAAGUAGCUCCUGGCACGAAAUACUCAAAGACAAUCAUUGCAAUUGCUCGAUUUUCAGAGCCAGUGUUAGAUUUUCAUGCAGACACUGAUGUUAUAGCAAGUUUAACUGAUAAAACAGAAGAGGAGUUGUUCUCUUUGUUACAUCUCGAUUAUAGGGACAUUUUGGAUGAACAUGUUAGUGUGUGGUCUAAGAGUAUGUGGAAUAGUAAACUACUUGUUGAACCCUUGUUAAGUGCAGAGGAAAACCUGGACUCUCCCUACUUGACCACUGAGCUAGUCACUGCAACGUUUUACUAUAUGAUGACGUCAGUGAAAGCCCCUCUCUUGGUGCCUGGUCUUAGUAUACAGCAGAAGAAGGAAUUAGUGAGUGCCUUGCAGCGACCGCAGUCGUGCUUUAACGGGCAACCAACGUUUGAUAACCCAGAGCUUUGGAUGCAGCUUACGAAAUCUCAGGAGCUUCACGAUCUGAUCUCACAUUGGAUGCAUACGUUGUACAAACAUGGUUGCAGUUCUUUGUUGUCAGCUGGAGUGACAGGAGUCACCCAGGCCAUGCUUCUCAGUGUCUUUUCUGCUCAAUUCACAGACAAGGAGCUUUCAUUUCAUGCAGAUCCUGCUCACAUCAAAGGCAAGUUCCUUUUUGAGAACAUCCUCUACAAUUCGUCCUUCCUGCAAAUCAAUGUGGAUCCGUCGGGCCCUGCUGAAAAUCAAAAGGUCACGCUUCACGUCAGUCAUUACCAGAAUCGAGAUGAUAUGGUGCGCCCUCUGUAUGCCUGUGGAUCCGGCUGCUUGCAGGCAUUGCAGCUUACAGAACAAGACCAGAAGCUGGACCUCAAGUGGACCGAACCACAAACACCAUUUCUGUAUUUGUCACAUGACCGUAAGCACCUUGAGUAUCUCCAGAAAAUCAUCCACAUCAAGAAACUUCGGUGGUUGGACGAGGUACCCGUCAACAGUUCCGGCCAAGACCACCUUGGUUUCCGAGUUCCAGUCAUCGUUUGGAUUGUACUUGUCAGUCUUAUCAUAUGCUUUCAUGUUAUUCUGGUGAAAAUGAUUUGGAACGAGUACUGUCGUGAUCGCGAUGGAUCAUCAAGUAAGCAGAAAUCAUCCAAAUUCAAUAUGAAACCAUAGCUAAAUGAAUGGAUAAUACAAUAAAUUCAUGAUUGUCGUAAUUUCUAAUUCAAAUUUGUGUUAUAUUGAUAAAUUUUGUGUAAGAUAAUACCUCCAAAUUACCAAAUGCUUUUCCUCAUUUGGAACAUACCGUACUGUAAACUCAGAAACUUUCACAAAUUUCAUACAUGAUACAGAUUUAUGAAAGUAUCCGUUUACAAUAUAUAUACAAGAAUUUUGUGAUUUGCAAAAGAAAUUCUCACAGCAAAUGUAAAGUGUUGUGUAAAGUUUCUGAAUUUACAGUAGCUUGUAAUAAAAUGUACAGUGUACGGAUAAUUGAAUAUUUAUUAAGAUUGUUUGAAAAAGGGCCAUUUUCAUAAUUAACCGAUAUAUUAAUUCCAUUUCUUCUCAAAACUUGAGUACUAACAUACAUGUCAGUGCCUUCCUUAGAUUUAGAAAAGAAAAAAAGUUUCAUGAAACUUCCAACAUCUAUUAGCGAAACAAAACUCGUUAUAAAUUGAUGUACAGUGUAGACCAACCCAACAUAUUUUGUGUGGGGUUUAGUUAUGCAAUUUCAGGAAUAUAAACCUGUCAAAACAAGUUUGGAAACUCAAGUAUGGUCUAUUAUCUCUCUCUUAUCAUGGCAAAAUCAUCACUAUGUUUAGAAUACUGGUAAUUAGAAAGUGGGUUUAUUCCUUUUUAAAAUGUUUUUGUUUUUGUUUUUGUUUUUGUUUUUGUUUUUGUUUUGUUUUUAGUAAUGGAGUGUGCAGUAGAUCAAAAUAAGGAGCAAGGUCAAACAUGAAAAGUUGCAAAAUGCAUUGCUCAUUCAAAUAUUGCACAGACUUUUUCAACAGUUUAAACCUAGGCAUGAUGCUUCAGAAAGUUGAUAACCCAAGAGUAGCAAAUCUUGCAUGACCUUAUGACAUAUCACCAUAGUCAUAAUGCAUGGAUUUCAGUUUCAGAUUCUUUAGAAUUUGACAUUUAAGGAUGACCGGUUGGGAACAACAGCCCCACUCUCAUUUUCCAAAAUCCCACUCUCGCAUGUCAAAGAAAUAAGAGUGCUCUGCAUAACAAUACCAGUGCUUACCAGUCCAUUUUGCAACUUUUCCACUUUUGACCCUACCCCUUAUUCUGAUGAACUUCUCACUCCAUUUCUGCAAAAUCAUAACAAAUAUUGUAUAUACAUGUAAAAGGAAUAAACACACUUUUAAUGAUAAUAAUCAAAGCGAUGAUUAUGCCAUGAUAAGAGAGCUAUAAUCGAUCCAAUUUGAGUUUUUACACUUUUUUGGAGGGGUUUACAUGUAUAUCAUCUGUUGAGAACCAGAAGGGUGCUAACUCAUUCUUAAUUAUAGAGUUAACGACUUGCUGGCUCUCAGCAGACAAUAUUAUAAUAAACAUGUACAUGUAGAUAUCUUUUUCUUGUCCAGAUCAAAAUAGCAUGCAUUGCAUGGAGCGCUUGUUUUGGUACAAAAUAUUCAUGUGAUUUUGGAAGCUCACACAAUGAGGCAUAUGAAAGGAUUACUGGAUAUUCAAAUCAAAGGUCUUUGUAAAGAAUUUCUUGUCUUUAAUUAUCAUUUAAUUCUUGUGUGGGUCGUGACUAUUUUAAAAAGAACAUUUGUUAUAUAUUUUGCAAAUUUUGAAUUUUUGAAACUUGUAUUUUGUGCCUGAAUUUGUGUGUAAUGGCAAUACAUGUAUAAUGUACACAGUGCUGUGAAAAUGGACUCAUGAAGUAUCACCUGUAAUUUUGAAUGGUUCUUUCUUCUUUCUGCUUCAUUAAUUGUUUUUUAUAUCAACUCUUUAAAAAUGUAGCUGUAGAGAGUAGAGACUAGAGAAUUUUCAUAUUCAGUUGCUGGAUAAAAUAAAAAUUACAGUGGAUUUAGUCUUUGUCACCUGUGGGUAUUUUUCAGCUAAUACGAAUGCAACUCUGGAAUAGCAUGCUAGAUAAUGAACGACAAACAAAAUUGAUCAUAGUGCAAUGUUUCAAAAUGAUUCAUUUAUUAUAGUUUAUGGAUGUACUCAUAUAGAUGUGAUUAUGAAUUGAUGUACAUAUUACUCCUUAUAGCAUCUACAUGUACAUAUAAACUCAAAUAUAGUCAUAAUGAUACUAAAGCUGAAUAUAGAAUUAGAAACUUUGUUUAUUUACCAAAAUCAGCUUUUCACAAUGAUCCAAAUAGUUUAUAUUAGCAGAGGCUAACUAGAUUUAACACUUAAUUUUCAUAUAAUACAUUUAUGGGGAAAAGACACUAAAGCAGGUAUAUGUUCUGCCAAGUUGGUUACAAACAUCUUCAGUUCAGCCUUGUGAAAGGCAUGGUUAUUAGAAGAGUUUUGUUUUGUGGCCUCCCUUUCAAUUAGACAUGCAACUAUUCAAAACACCUCUUCAGCCAAACCACAUUCAAAGCCAAGUUGGCAUUCUCUUGCAUUUUAAUAUCCUUCCAAUCUAAAUCUGAUGCUAGUAAUGGUUUGCAAGUUGUGCAUGGAGGGUGUCUGUGGUGAAGUAUUGGUUCCUCUUCAUAUUACUCUGAUUUGCAUUUGUGUGCAUGUCUCUGAUUUCACCACACUGAUACUCCUAGGACUCAUUGCAUCUCAUGUCAGAUCUGAACAGCGCAUCAAUUCUUAUUUUCUUUUCUUUUUUAUGAAAAUUGGGAUUAUUUUGCAUAGAAAGUGUUAUUUUGUGUGAUUUCAGCCUUAUGGGUCUCCUGUUAUACAAACAACAAAUCCAUCUUCACAGAAUAACUGAACAUUUUGACAAGAUAGCUAAGUGAACUUUAACUUGUCCAAUAUUAAUUGAUGUGUAUGUUGUCUAAAAAGCGAAUUGUAGUUAUUGUUAAUCUACUAAUUAACUUUCCAAAUAAUAUUUUGAUAUACAAAAUUUGUUUUAGGAAGAACCUUCCCUCACCUCUAUCUCUUUCUCUCUCUCUCUCUCUCUCUAUCUCUCUCUCUCUUUCUUUUUCUUGUCUUUUUUCAAUCACUCACUUUCACCCUUACAGUAGUCUACCCCCUCGCCCCUCUCUUUCUAUUUUUCUCUCCUUCUCCCUUUCUGUAUUUCUAUUUCAAACAUUAAAAAAGGCACUGUUCUACUCAAAUAAGAUGCCAUCAUUUCUGGUUGCAGCCAAAGAUUCAUCAACACAUAAUUUUCUAUUUGCUUUAACCCACAAACCCUAUUUAGGUAUAAGACUUGCAUUUGCACAUGAGCAUUAGUGAUAUUACUAAACUAAUUUGAUGUAAGUUAUGUAACUGCACUGUAUAACUUAAUAUUCCUUUUUUCUACUAUCAAUGUAAAAUUCAUUUCGUUAUCCUGCAUUUAGUUGAUGUUCCUUAAUACACAAGUUGUGAUAUAUGUGUAUAUUGCUAGUGCUUGAUAUUAUACAAGAUAGUGAUUUUUAGAUAUGCCUAUUCAAGUUUUGUUUUAUUUGUUACACCCUAUUACUAUAUAUUAUGUCAGCUCUUGAAAUUAUUGUUUGCUGUAAGAUAAUAGAUUUUGCAAUUGUACAUGUAUAUUUAGCAUCAAAGUUUUUUCCUCUUUUUUCAUGUCUCUCAGUCUUAGGAAUGUGCCCGGUAUUGGUCAUUAAAAAAUCUCUAGUAUUAAGACUUGUGUAGAAAUGUCUAUACUUAUGAAGUAAGCAUGAUUUAUAUAUACUUGUAGGUGAGUUUACCAUUGAUAGGAAUUUAUUUGAAAGUGACAGAGAAUCUCCAGUUGAUGUUUUGAGGUAGAAACUAGAAAGCCAGGUCUAUAUUCUUUUUAUUGUAUUUUUUUCUUCUUCUUAUAGGUCUGUUUUCAUCCAAUAUUGAUAAUUUUUGUAUUUUCUGCAGGCAAGUUAGAAUUGAUAACAUAUUUAAUCAUAUUCUAUGGAACAAAAAUCAGUUUCUUGUUGUUUGGGGAACAAGGAUAAAGAAAAAUACAGGUUCUUUUUCUUCAAAUUUCAUGAAAUUCAAAAAGUUGAGAUCUUAUUAUUCAAUCAACAGAACUGUGUACAUGCAGAUCAUUGGCUUAUAAUUGCUCCAAACAAUGUUGUUUUCCGACUUAUUAUGUACUGUAGAUCUACAUGAAUGUAUGCUCAGUAUUGUAGUACAUUAAAACACCAUUCCUUAUAAUUCCUAGCUAGCAGAAAUUAUGAAAAUUGAAAUGGGAUGGUAAAAGAACAGCAACUUCAGAAGAAUGCGGGAAAUAUGAGAAAUUAUGGAGAAAGUGAGAGACAGAUGUAUACCUUGGCGUGGAAAUGAUUGUGAUAAAUCAACAAUUAAAAUUAUUAAUUCCUUUGCAGAACUCAGUUGUGGGGGAAAAAGACUCACAAAAUAGAUACGAAUCAUACGACCUAAAAGCUCUGCACCGAAGAAAAAAAAAAAUAUUUGUUUGUACAAUUUGUUUUCGUCUUAUGGAGUAGAUAUAACAUGUAGCGGACGUCUUGUUUCUUGCUUGAAAAUGCUAUUGAAAAAUAAAGCAGUCCAAGUUUUUAUUUGAGCACUAACAGAUAUUGGACGGAAAUGUUAUCUGGUUAUGUAAUUUAAUGGAAAUGUUUCCUAUAGAUGUUACCCAAUGAAUGAAAAAAUUUACAAAAAAUAAACUUGAGGGCAAGUUCAAUACCCUAUUGUAUGUGGCAUUAAAGUCAUGUUUGCACAUUUCAAUAUGUGAUGUUCAAGGCUAUUGAAUUUGACUGAUGUUGAUUUUAUUUUCAAAGUAUUAUUUAAAAACAGAAAGCACACCCAAAGAAUGUUGUAUUGGAAUUAAGUUGUGUUAUGUAAAAGUAAACACAAAUUCAACCGUAUUUCAAUGUGUUUUGGGGUUGUAGUUUGUUUAUGAAGAUUUAUCAUUAUUAUUAUUAUUAUUAUUAUUAUUAUUAUUUGAAUAAUUUCAUUAUGGAGAAAAGUAUUUAUCUUUCUUUAAUUCCCUUUAUAAAGAGUUGAUCUUUAAACUCAUAAAUGUAAUUGUUCUAAUAAAAUAACAAGUGAAACUUCAAAA